AGUUUCUAAAAACAAAAUAAAGAAUAGUUGGGGGCAGCGGAGAAGGAAAAAUGGAAGCGGCUACGAUUACUCAGCUGUUCAUAACGCCUUACACGUUUCUUUCCUAUGAUGAACCAGUCUUCCACCUUUCUCCCACUGCCAAACUAUGGCUGCUUCCUUCACUCUCCACUUUUAAUGUUUUCUCUUUCACUUCCAACUCCCUACUCCUCUGCAAACCCCAUUUCAUCUACUCCUUACACCUCUCUCUCUCUCUCUCUCUCUUCCGGGUUUUAUUGAACUCGACCUUGAUUAUACUUAGCAUUCUCGCCAGAGGUCCGAUCAGACUUCCAAGAGCAUCUGCUGGAUGGAAAUCGUACUAGACCAGAAGGAUGCUGCUGAUUGGACUUAUAGAGGCGAAGGAGCUGUCAACCUCGUUCUUGCUUAUACUGGAUCUUCUCCUCUUUUUUUUGGGAAAGUUAUACGGAUACAAAAGGCUGCAAGAAAUGGAUCACAUUGCACGAGCGUUCGGAGCGUAGUUGCUUUGUCUGCGCAUGAGCGUCUUCUGUGGAGAGAUUUGGGGGAUCUUGUUUCGUGCACAGAUCGUGAUGUUGUGUGUCAAAUGUAUGUGCAGCAUGUAAUGAUCCCGUUAUUGGAUUCCAAACAUGUUGAUGCUGGGGUCCAUAUUCUCGUAACGAGAGAAUUCCUUGAGACUAUUGAGAAGAACAUUCUUAGUCAGCGUCCUGCUUGGAGGGUUAGUGCAGGGCGAGUCAAUAUACAUUGUGAUUCUGUCCUCCUUCAAUCUGACCAUUCUAUUUUUCCUCAAGGUGGUGAAGGUGAAUUUUGCAUAUCUGUCGAGAUAAAGCCAAAGUGGGGAUGUCUUCCAACUUCAAGAUUCAUAAGCAAAAGAAAUGCCAUUAAGAAAAGUGUGACUCGUUUUAGGAUGCUCCAAGCAUGGAAGCUGCAGAAAGGCGAGAUAUCAGAGUUAAGUGAUUACGAUCCUCUAGAUUUGUUCUCUGGAUCCCAGGACCGUAUAUAUAAAGCAAUCAAAGAUCUUUUCUCUACUCCUCAGAAUAAUUUCCGUGUCUUCUUGAAUGGUUCCCUAAUUCUUGGGACAGAGGGUGGCUAUGCUGUUGACACUAAUUUAGAGAUUGAGGAAGCAUUUGAAGAUGCUCUUCAAUCUGUUAUCCAGAGAGGGAAUGGAUUUCGAACAAUGAGUUUUCUACAACUUGUUGCUGAGGCUGUACAUAAAUCUGGAUGUUUGAAUCGUCUUCUUGAUGUUCAAAAGCUCGACAGUUUUGACAUUGAAGGGGCUAUUCAUGCGUACUAUGACAUUAUUUCUGAGCCCUGUCUGGUUUGUAGACAAAUGGAUGAUGAUGAAUUGUUGAAAAGAUGUGCCACAUUACAUUCUGCCCAUCUUGAUCAAAGCUUGGAGAUUGUAAGGAACUAUCUCACAGCUGCAACUGCCAAAGACUGUAGUUUGAUGAUCACAUUUAGACCCUGGCACGUUGAUUGUCCUGGCUCUACAUAUAACAGCAUAUUUGUAGAAUCAACCAAGCAAACUUUUGACUACAAGGUGAAUUUCAUAGACCUGGAUCUGAAACCUUUUAAGAAGAUGGAACAAUACUAUGAACAAGACAAAAAAAUAGUUCGCAACUACAAUCAGAUGUUUGUGACAGAGUUAGAGGCAGACCAUUAUUAAAGGUCCGAAGGAUUGUGAAUUUAUAGCACUUUGAUGUCUCCAAAGUUUGUGGGAAUACUUCUUUUCUGGUAAAACAUGAAGUGGACAUUUAUUUUAUUGUACAUGCACAUUGUACUAGAGAUUCAUUGUUUUUGCUCUAACUAUUUUUGCUGUUAUUAGUCAAAUAAGAAAAAGGAAAAAAGCAUUUGGUGCCAUUUUCUUCACUGAUCUUCGAUUCAAGCAUCUGCUCGCUGAGUUUUCGUCCAGAAGCUCCUCAAGUAGUUGUAUCUUCCUGCACUGCUCAUAAUACUUAUCUGAUGCUCUUAUGCAGAGCUGGAUGCUUUCUUCGCAGAUUUUGUCUGCUGUUUUACCAAUUCCAUUGCAGAAUUGUAUGUACGUAUCCCAAUAUUCACGACUACAAAAGCAUGGAUGGAGUUCACCGAGGACAAUAUUUGGGGUAUGUAUCAUACAUUAUCAUCUGAUCGAAGUUCUUUUUUUGUUUUUAUUUUCUUUAGAAUAAUUUGAAUCUCAAAUUUUAAUUAAUGUACGUUAAAAUCGACUAUUGACUCUUUUGCCUAGAAAUAAAAAAAAAAAAAAAGGAAAAUGUUAGGGUA